GGUCCGCCAGAUGUCGCAGUGGCACCGUGGAGGAGGGGCCUGGCCUGGGAAUUCUCUGCUUCCCAUUCCUCCUAUUGCAGACGCAACAUGGCGGACUAGAAGAGGCGGCGACUCCCCUGGAUGCAAGGAAUAAACUGGGAUUCACGUCCCCCUAUGCCUCGAGGAAGACGGAGAGAUACAAAUGUGUUAUAGAGACCUUCGGUAACAUUGAGGAAUGUUUGGGACCGUUCUAGUCACUCGUUAGGAUAAACAGACUUGCGAUCUUUUGCCUCCAAAUUGUCUGUCCCAGAUCGUUCCUAUCACUGACACAGCCCCCCCCCCCCCCCCCCCCCCUGCACACACUCUUGGUUACUGGAGUGUGGAGACGGGCCGGUGUUGAGAACGUGUGAAAAGGAAGAAAGGAAUUUCACUACUGUAGAUAUUCAGGAUUGUAUUACACCAAACGGGAGUCGUGGACCACACUGUGCGAAUGAGUGAUUGAUGCCAACUUCGCUUCUUAAGGGCAGUAUGGGUGUGUGUGUCCUGCUCCUGUUGCUCAGUGUGGCCCUCGGGGUCUCCAUCUCGGCCCAGGUACCACCUCCCACCCCCACAGGAGGUCCAGUCCCCACUGCCAAAUCCAAGGACCCUCCCGCCACCACCCUCCCCAAUGUUCCCUUGACAACAACCAUCGCCCCCCCCUCCUCCCCCUCAAACAACCACAGCCCCGAAGGUUGCCGCACCAACAAUGACAACUACCACAACCGUGGAUGGUGUCAUAUUGACUGCAGGCCCCAGUGGUGCCACCCCUGCGCCCGUCCCCCCUCCACCACCCCCUGGCCCAACUGAAGCCCCCAAAAUCCCCACAGGGGUGAACUCCACCCCGCAGCCACCCCCUGCUCCAACCACAAUCAGUCAGGUAGGGGGUGGGGAGAAUGGGACCUCUGUUCCAGAGACUCAGUCACCAGACACCGCCACCAACACAGACACAAAACCAACGGUGGAAGCCACGUCGGCCACUAGCGGUGCUACUGUUCCAGGUGGUGGAGAAGAAGACACCGAUGACACACCCAUCAUUGCGGUGAUGGUGGCUCUGUCGUCCCUGCUCGUCAUUGUCUUCAUCAUCAUCAUCCUCUACAUGCUCAGGUUUAAGAAGUACAAGCAGGCCGGCAGCCAUUCCAACUCCUUCAGGCUGACCAACGGUAGAUCAGACGAUACAGAGCUCCAGAGUGUGCCACUAUUGGCCCGUUCACCCAGCACCAACAGGAAGUACCCUCCCCUUGUUGUCGACAAGCUGGAGGAGGAGAUGAAUCGUCGCAUGGCUGACGACAACAAGCUCUUCCGGGAGGAGUUCAACGCGCUGCCGGUGUGUCCCAUUCAGGCGUCGUGCGACGCGGCCUCUAAAGAGGAGAACAAGGAUAAAAACCGCUACGUCAACAUCCUGCCAUAUGAUCACUCCAGGGUGCAUUUGUCAUCACUAGAGGGAGUUCCAGACUCUGACUUCAUUAACGCAUCCUUCAUCAACGGUUACCAAGAGAAGAACAAGUUCAUUGCAGCUCAAGGGCCAAAGGAGGAGACGGUGAACGACUUCUGGAGAAUGAUCUGGGAACAGAACACAGCCACCAUUGUCAUGGUGACCAACCUGAAAGAAAGAAAAGAGAAAUCCAUACAGCGGCAAUCUCUCUGUGUGUCUCAGUGUAAGUGUGCCCAGUACUGGCCAGACCAGGGCUGCUGGACCUACGGCAACAUCCGGGUCUCUGUGGAGGACAUGAUGGUGCUGGUGGACUACACCAUCCGCAAGUUCUGCAUCCAACAGGUGGGGGAUGUGGGGGGUAAGAAGCCUCAGCGGCUGGUGACCCAGUUCCACUUCACCAGCUGGCCAGACUUUGGAGUCCCCUUCACGCCCAUCGGCAUGCUCAAGUUCCUCAAGAAGGUCAAAACCUGCAACCCCCAGUACGCUGGCCCCAUCGUGGUCCACUGCAGUGCGGGGGUGGGGAGGACAGGUACCUUCAUAGUGAUAGAUGCCAUGUUGGACAUGAUGAACACCGAGAGAAAGGUGGACGUCUUUGGCUUUGUCACACGUAUCAGAGCCCAGCGCUGCCAAAUGGUCCAGACAGACAUGCAGUACGUGUUCAUCUUCCAGGCCAUGCUGGAGCACUAUCUGUAUGGGGACACCGAGCUGGAGGUGACCUCCCUGGAGUCCCACCUGGCCAAGCUCUACGCCCCCUCCGCCGCCGGCUGUGGGGGCAUGGAAGCGGAGUUCAAGAAGCUGACUUCCAUCAAGAUCCAGAACGACAAGAUGAGAACAGGCAACCUGCCAGCUAACAUGAAGAAGAACCGAGUUCUCCAGAUCAUCCCAUAUGAGUUCAACAGAGUGAUCAUCCCAGUCAAGAGAGGGGAGGAGAACACGGACUAUGUCAACGCCUCCUUCAUUGACGGGUACCGUCAGAAGGACUCGUACAUGGCCAGCCAGGGCCCGCUGCAGCACACCAUCGAAGACUUCUGGAGGAUGAUCUGGGAGUGGAGGAGCUGCUCCAUAGUCAUGCUCACUGAGCUGGAGGAGAGAGGACAGGAGAAGUGUGCCCAGUACUGGCCCAGUGAUGGGGUGAUGGUGUGUGGGGACAUCUCCAUCGAGCUGAAGAAGGAGGAGGAGAGUGAGAGCUACACUGUUAGAGACCUCCUGGUCACCAACAACAGGGAGAACAAGGCUCGUACGGUGAGACAGUUUCAUUUCCAUGGCUGGCCAGAAGUGGGCAUUCCCAGUGACGGGAAGGGCAUGAUCAACAUCAUUGCUGCUGUCCAGAAGCAGCAGCAACAAUCUGGCAACCACCCAAUCACUGUCCACUGCAGUGCGGGCGCGGGGCGGACGGGGACCUUCUGUGCCCUGAGCACGGUCCUGGAGCGGGUGAAAGCUGAGGCCAUCCUUGACGUCUUCCAGACCGUCAAGAGCCUCCGGCUGCAGAGACCCCACAUGGUGCAGACACUGGAGCAGUACGAGUUCUGCUACAAAGUGGUCCAGGAGUAUAUUGAUGCCUUUUCUGACUAUGCCAACUUCAAGUAGGGACAGACCCACACAGGGGACGGACAUCCAUAUACAGUCAUAAAAACAAAGCAAACACACGUGUACCUGACGGAAGCAAAGAAACUGGUCACGGCUUAGAUGACUGGACAGCCUGUGUGCAAGAAGGAAAAUGGAAGGGAAGUCUUGUGACAGAGCAGAGUGCAGCGCUGCAGUGUACCGGAGGGAGGGAGAGAAUAUCAGAGAUGCCUUCUUGAAUAUUUUGUAAUAUUGAUCUUGUUAAUACGGCCCCUUUGUCCCAAUCUUGCCCCAUCCAGACAUCCCCCCCAUCAUGUACAUAUACUUAGCCUGUCACAUUUUGUUGUUUUGUUUUUAAGACCUUUUUUGCUGCAAUUUUAGGGUGACAUUUAUAAUGUAUUUUAUUGGUUUAUAUAAAUAUAUAUGAAUAUAAAUCGGACACUUUAGAGGCUUAUGUCAAAAGUUGAGAAUUGAGGGAAUGAUGUUGGUGUUUUUUUAUUUCUCUUGUCUUUUGUUUUUUACGGUUCAGUGACUGAGACUUACGUGGUUGAUGGCUUCAUCUGAUUCAGGCUGCAGCUUAAAGCUGAUAGGUCGACCUCAGAGGAAUAGAUUUACACAGCCAAUCAGAAUUCUUCUGUUCACACGAACGCACACACGCUACAGCUGGCCAGGAGCACAUCCAGAAUUGGCCACGAUGGCUUUGCUAAUCACAUGGUCCAAACUCUUUUGACUAGUUUUCCAUUGAGUUCACAGUUCACACAGAGGUCAAUGAAUCAUGGCAGGACUAAGGGCGUAGCUAGCCACAUAUCUCCAACAUAUUGUGGCUUUGCUGUGUUUGUGUUGAAGGACCGAGGAAACGCUGUAAUUUAGGGGGUCUUGCACAUGCUGGGUGUCACAGUGGAUUAUAUGUGUGUAGAACGUUUAGGGAAGUUUCCCAUACUGAAAAUAAAUCAAAUAUCAAACGUCAAAUAUAUUGAAAUGUAAGGAGCGUGUUGAAGAUUUGGCCAGCAAUGCAUUCAAAAUAGCCUUUGCAUAAUAAUGAUGAGUAUGAGGUCGAUAUGUUGCCACAAUAUAAUGAUUAUUUCAGAAUUACCCUGUAUAAAACUGUUGAUUUUGGGUGUAUGUCCAUAUAUCUCAACAUAUAGUAACCAUGCAAUUACUGGGCAUUUCCUAUCCUUUGUUGCAUCAUGGAAAAUAUGUAUGUUUUCAUAUUUAAUUGCUUACAGUUGGAAUGGGGGAAAACAUUUCCUAUCUAUUAUUUACGUGUCAUUCCAUUUACUUGUUUGUAAUCUAUUGGGCAUAUUUUUUUUCGGUAUAGGUUGGUUGAGAAGAUGGCGUCAAAAUGUGAAGAUCCCUCUCUGUUUUUCAACUGGGGCCUGUUCAGGGUGAUGAAACAUUACAGAAUGUUCAGAUAGAAAUGUAUUGUGUAGAACAUAUAUGGUUGUCAUAUAGAAUAGAAAUUGUCAGCUCUUCAUUAUAUUUCUAUCUGCACCAUUUAGAACGUCUUUCUGUUUUAUUGAAAUAGAAUUCAACUCCGAUGUCACAUACUGAGAAUGUGUUAUACUUUAAUGCUGUUGCUUUGAUACUCCCACCCUCAAAUGGAUAAAUUGUUCAUUUUAAUGUUGAAAUGUGUGACAUGAUGGAAUGUUUGCAGCGAUUUUUUUUCUCUCUUCAGAAUGGCUGCCUAUAAGGACAGUUUGGCUAGAAACACAUGCUGUGGGUUUGUGGAUGAGGCCACCCUCGGGCGUACCUCAGUCUUCAGUUGAGAUUGUAAUGCAAGAUAAAUGAUGUCAGUUAGCUAGCAACAAGGUUGAGGUCAAUUCCAUCUCUGCUUGGUCAACUCAGGAAAUGACUUAAAGUUAUCGGAGGGGGGGGGGGGUCCUGUACAGGUUCUUUCAAUGUAUAUACAGUUAAUUUCAGUUUGUCUACUUAGUUGGUUGAGUGCAAAUGGAAUUGACCCCGCCCCUGGUCCGAUAGCCAAUCACAGCUACUAAUUGCCCUCAAAGGAUUGUAAUAAACCGCGUGUGCGUAAGAGAUUCUCACCCACUUCGCCACAAACCCAACCACCCCACACACUUGAUAUCUGCAAGGUUUGAGUGUAUGAGGGGUAACUGACAUGAGGUUUUAGCUGUCAAUUGUGAUCUGGGAUUAUUGGUCAAUUAUAAGAGCUGCCAUUUUGAUCCCAGUUUCUUCAUUGGUCUGUGGAGUUGACAGCACAGGAGGCUGCUGAUGGGAGGAUGGCUCAUAAUAAUGGCCGGAAUGGAGCAAAUGGAAUGGCAUCAAACACCUGGAAAACAUGUAUUAAAUAGAAUUCCCCCAAUUCCGCUCCAGCCAUUCCCACAAGCCCGUCCUCCCCAAUUUAGGUGCCACCAACCUCCUGUGGUUGAUGGGUAUGCUAGACAGCCAUGAAGAUCUGCCAAGCCUAGUUGAUGCCAAACGCAUUCUCUUAUACACAGAUGGCCCUAUUUGUCCGGUCAUAAAGGUGAACCGUUGUUUUGUCAUUAGGAUAUAAGGAAAGCCCACAGUCCGUAGAAAAAUACCUGCACAACCUAUUGUUUAGGAGUUAGAAUGGAUUGCUUUAGCUUCUCCCUUUUCCAUAUUUUUACAGGUCGAAAGGAAGGAGCACAAUUCAACUCCGUCGUGAUUGAAUCAUAUGGGAUCAGGAAAUUAGAAAUAGUAUCUGAAACUCUACCAAAAAAAGCACCAGUAUUGACAAAUGCUUGUACUAUUUGCGCCAAAAUAAAAAUCAGAACCGGUGAUGCAAAGGCCAGAUGAGUAACAUGACCCUGAGAUUCCCUCACAGUUUAUUCCCUUCUGAUUACAGGAUUUCUGGGGGGGGGGGAGAUUUUAGUCUUUAAAAAAAAUAUUUUGCAACCCUGAUGUCAGCAUUGAAGAGGCCUUUUUAAAGACUGGUUAUGGCCUCUAGUUCUGACUAGUUCUAUUAGGUUAUAUUAGGUUAAACCACAGGACAUAGAUAGCUAGGUAGAGAUCUUCAAACCGGAUGUCUCACUUAGACCAGUCACUUUAAAAAAUACUGUCAAUGUCAUUUCAGACCGUGUUCCAUUCCAAAGCAUCUCAAAGGCCCGUGUGUUACAAUUGGUGCCAUUUUAUUUUCCUUACGGAUGUUUGGUUAUGUUGGAUCUUAGUAAUCGUCAGGGUGGGCGUUGGUGAGGAGAGGCUUUAAGUCUUCUUUUGAGCCAGAAGUUUUGCUGAAUGUAAUCACCUGUCCCCAACAACACUGUGCCAACCCCCAACCCUAGUGACUUAAGGCUUUACUCUAGAAAGUGCCUCACAGGUUGAUUUAUAUAGAAAAUAUGUUCACUGCACCUCUCCCUCAGUGAGUUGAUUGAGUGUAGGUGUAUAGACUCUUGGUAAACCAGUAUCAUCCUACAGAUUAGUACAUCUAUUUGGCCCCUUCCCACUACUAUUUUUGAGCCAUUGUAGAUAACUUUAUCGACAAAGCACCUCUGUACAAAGCCCCAAAGCUGUAGCUGACCCUUGGCUUUGUAACACUGAGACCAAGAUCAGGGCCUUUUAUUAUCCUGUUCAA